AUGUCGAGAUCGCCCAGACGUACCUUGCGCACGCAUGUCUUCUCGUCUGCGCGUCAGGCCGAUGUGGUAGUCGCCCUUGCGAACGGGGUCGGUGUUGGCGCGGAGAAUGUGUUUGAAGAUAGCAUCAGAUCAUCGCGAAAGACCCUGGGAAAAACACGUCGGGCAUCACCCGUUGAUGGCGGUAAUGUCGCGGAGCGCAAUUUGCCGGGCGACGGGUUGGAGGAUAGAGACGCAGAUGAGCUGAGCGAUGACGAGAUUCUGGAGGUUCCGCGGGUCGCGCAUAAUCCUCUCGCGGCGGAUUUCGUGGAAGAGGAGUAUUAUGAGGGAUCUCGCUAUGCAACCGAUAGGGCAGCAUCAUAUUCCACUGAAGCGACUCGCACACAAUCAAACUAUGGCAUGGCACUACGUUCGCACGACACCGUGUAG